CAAUCAUUGAUAUGUAGGUUAUGUCCCUUACCAAAAAUACAUUUUGCCCAUACCUAGAGAAGCUUGGCAUGGAUAGCCGGCCAGGAUUCACUUCAGCUCAGGCUACCUCUUGCAAUUAUUCUGGAUAGACGCCACAAGACCACCACCAUUCAUACAGAUAUGGUCUCGAGAAAAUCUUUCACUGCCCAGGGAGUAAUCUUACUGCUACUUCUAGUAGCACAUGUAAGCUCUGCUGGAAAAGUCCUCGUCCUCAGUAUGCAAAUGAGUGGCCACCUAACGGAAUUCGGAGCAGUUGGGGAAGAGCUUAUACGGAUGGGACAUGAGGUCCACGUAGUGUUGGAUGAAAACCUUCGGACACCAUACCAACUACGCGACAAGGGCUUCAAAUUCUUUCGCUACAGAUCACCGGACAAGGACAGGGUUUCAACGUCGAAAUUCGACUCGUUAUUUUCAGAGCAAAUCGUGUCGGAAAGCUGGGAUGAAUGGAAGUUUUUACAUACUGUCUAUCGCCCAAGGAUUACGUACGAUUGCAACCUGACAUUGCACGAUGAAGUCAUGAUCGAGGCUAUCAGGAAAGAGAAAUUCGAUGUUGCACUUGUCGAGGGAUUAUUUUUCUGCUACCAUUUGCUGCCAUACCGCUUAGGUAUUCCGAUCAUAACAUUAUCUACAGCGCUGUAUCCCGGUCUUACGCGACUAUACCCACCGUUUACAGUCAUCAGCUGCGGGAUUACUAAAGAGACUAACACAAUAUGGAAUCGCAUCAAUAUGCUUAUUACAGCUUAUAACGAAGAGGACUUUGCUGCCCAAACUUUACACGAAUCUGUAUUCUUGGAUUACCUUCCUGGAAGACAUGUCAAAAAUUUAUACGAAAUUGCCCUGGAGACCAAACUUUGGUUGAUAUGCCUGGAUAAUAUCUUGGAUUGUCCACGACCUGCGAUGCCAAAUUUGAAGUGGGUUGGCGGUCUGGAUGUUCGGCCUGCUAAACCUCUUGAAGCAGACUUAGAGAAGUUUGUCUCAGAUGCAAAAGAGGGCGUUAUCAUAGUUUCUUUUGGAUCGAUGUUGUCGACACUUCCAAAGAAAUAUCUCGAUAAGUUUCUUGCGGCAUUUAAACAGUUGCCGCAGAAAGUAGUGUGGCGACUGUCGGCCAUUGCACAAGAUGGUGUCACAUUCCCACCAAAUGUAAAACCCAUGAUGUGGCUUCCGCAAAAUGAUCUUCUCGGUCACAAAAACACGAAACUAUUCAUCACUCACUCAGGAAAUAAUGGCCAAUGGGAAGGCUUUUAUCAUGGCGUACCAAUGCUUGGCUUCCCCACUUUUGGGGACCAGGGUUACAACACCAACAGAAUAAUCCAAAAGGGCUUUGGCUUGGGUUUGAACUUGAGGGAUUUCACCACGGACGAACUUGUAGAAAAUAUACAGGAACUUUUGACCAACCAAACCUAUCAACAGAACAUUCGAAAAGCAACACAACUUUUUCGUAACCAGCCACAUCCUCGCAAGGUGGCAGCAGGGUAUGUUGACGAAGCCAUUCGCUUCGGAACGGACCACUUUCAGUCUCCUGCCUCAGAUCUGCAUUACGCUCAAUAUUUGAUGCUGGAUAUUUAUGCUUUGGUUACUGCUGUGCUGUUGUUUAUUGUUUUUCUACUGAAGAAACUGGUGCGUGCAUUGUUGAGAUGUGUUUUGAAUCCAUCUGCAGGUACUCACAAAUCAGAUAAGAAAACUCAAUAAGAAAUGUUAAAAGAGACGUAGCGAUAGCUAAGCCCUGCGUAGACAAGCAAUCUUAGUUGCUGUGACCUGCAACACAGCCAUGACAACAUGACAUGCGAUUACAAUUGUGAACAAAUUGGCAGCCGCAAACCGACCACGAUAAUCAUGUUGUCAUGCAGUACUUUUAUCGGUGAAAAAACUUCCCUGGCAUGAUCUUUUGAAGCCAUCUGUCAAGUGUCUUUAUGUAAUGAUAAAUAAAAAUUGUGAAAUGAUCAAUAAAUAUUGUGAAAAGAUUUUUUU